AUGGACAUUUCUUCCAACAAUGAGAAAACUGUCAGCAUAUACAGUUUUUACAUUUUUUUCUUGUUUUUUGUGUUAUAUCUGGCAACUGUAGUAGCAAAUCUUCUCAUCAUCUCUGCAGUAGCUUUUGAUCAUCAACUGCACAGCCCUAUGUACUUCUUUCUAAUGAAUUUAGCUCUGCAGGACAUUGGCAUUGUUUCAGUCAUUGUCCCUAAAUCCAUGAUAAACUCUCUCAUGUGGACACCAGACACAUCUCAUUCUGGUUGUGCUGCUCAAAUCUUUCUCUUUCUCUUCUUUGGAGCUUCUGAUUUCUCCCUCCUGACAGUUAUGGCAUAUGAUCGGUAUGUUGCCAUUUGCCAUCUAUUGCACUAUGAGAUAGUGAUGAAUUGGAAAGCCUGCAUUGAAAUAACAAUUGUAGUGUGGUUUGCUGGUCUUCUGUAUGGAACGUUGCAUACUACUGGAACCUUUUCCAUCCUUUUUUGUUCUAAUGUGAUCAAUCAAUUCUUUUGUGAAGUUCCACAAUUGCUAAAACUAUCCUGCUCUGGAUUAAAUCUACUUGAGGUUGGAUUUCUUGUGAUUGGCAUCAUUGCUGGACUAGGUUGUUUGACUUUUAUAGUUGUAUCUUAUGCAGUGAUCUUCAAGGCAGUGUUAAGAAUCCCUUCUGAAAAAGGAAGGCAAAAAGCUUUAUCUACUUGUCUUCCCCACCUUAUUGUAGUAGCUAUGUUAAUGGUAACUGGAAGCUUUGGCUAUACGAGAUCUCCCUCUGAUACCCCAUCUUAUUUGGAUUUUGGAUUGACUGUUCUGUAUUCUCUUCUUCCAUCUCUGUUCAAUCCCAUCAUUUAUAGCAUGAGAAAUAGGAAUAUUAAAUAUGCCCUGUCUAAACUGUGGAGAUUCUGA